AGAAAGCGUGUCAUAAACAAGUGAGGCAUUUGAGUGUUCAAAAUUUCUUGUGGAAAGGAAUUAAAAAGGUCUUAAAGCAUUUUUGACCGGAUAUCUCUUUAAAACACCAAGGACAGUAAUGCCUUUCGAUUUUAAUGGCAAAAAGGUUCUUGUUACGGGAGCCGGAAAAGGGAUCGGACGUGCUGUAGCCAUUGCUCUAAAUGAGGCUGGCUGUAAGGUUUAUGCUCUCAGUCGUACCAAGUCUACUCUCGACUCUUUAGUAGCCGAGCAUCCUAAGAUUGUUCCGAUGCUUGCUAACCUAUCCAACUGGGAUGAUGCUAGAAGAAUGCUGGAAGAUCUAGAACCGCUAGAUGGUUUGGUCAAUAACGCCGGGAUCCUUGAAGAGAGGUAUUCUGUAGUUGAUUGUCCGAGAGACUAUAUCAUCAAAAUAUUGGACACUAAUCUGCUGGGCGCAAUAAAUUGUGCACAAGUGGUUGCAAAGAAAAUGAUUGAUUCCAAAAUAAAAGGAUCCAUCGUGAAUAUUUCAAGUGUGGCCGGAAUAGGUUCUUUUUACACUUACUUGCCGUACAGUGUUUCGAAAGCAGGACUGGACAUGGUGACAAAGCAGUUUGCACUGGAACUUGGACCAUACCAGAUAAGGGUGAACUCAGUCAAUCCUACGCUUGUCAUGACGCCCAUGAUUUCAAGUCUAAAGGAUGGAUUAGAUCUACAGUACGAAAAGGGUUUUAUUGCCCGGACACCUAUGGGUAGAAUUGCAAAGGUGGAGGAAAGUGUUGGGCCGGUAUUGUACCUUCUUAGUGACUAUUCAAGUAUGGUUAGUGGCCAGAUGCAUCCGGUUGACGGGGGAAUGCUCUCUAAUGUAGCAGUCAAAAUAUAAUUUCUCUGACUGAUGAUAAAUCUCCCUUGGUUGUGAUACAAAAAAUGGCUCGUGUAAACUUGCAAAGACUAGCCGAUUGCUGUGCCACUAAUUAAAAUGCCGGAACGAACGCACACAUUAUGGAAAUAAUCUGUAUAAAUAUAUCUCAAUAACAUGCAUCUUCUAAUAAAAUACAGAAAAAA